GUUAGAUAGCAUCGCUUCGGACAUCCAGUUCCUAUAACUGUUCUUCCUGAUAAAACCCUUUUCACCAUCGUUAAAUUCACCUGACCCCCUUUUCGUCUAUCUCUAGAAUUUAUACAUACACGAAACCACAAUGAGCAUAACGCUCGAGUCCUGUACAAUUGCAAACCCUAACCCUUGCUCGAGUCUGUCUCUGAAGAGGGCUUCAAUGGCGUUGUGUCACUCACCGUCAUCUUUACAGUUCAAAGCGCUCUUACGACCUUACAGUUCCAGAGCUUCUAUUGUGGGUCGCACAGUUUCUCCAAGAGGGUUCGUCUUCGGUAUGCUUCCAUUGCGUCGACCUAGUUUAAGAAAUCGGUUGAUUUUCUCAUUCGCAGCUUCCCAUGAAGAAUCGAACCCUUCAGAUAUUGAAGUGGAGGAGGAGGAGAAUGAACUUAAAGUGGGUGCUGAAGAAUCGCAGGAAGCCUGGAAACAAGCACUUGCUUCUUUUAAAGAACAAGCCUUAAAGAUGCAGAGUGUGUCACAAGAAGCAUACGAGUUGUAUUCUAAGAAAGCAAUGAUUGUAUUAAAAGAAACUUCAGAGCAGUUAAAAAUUCAAGCAGAGAAGGCAAGACAGGAUUUGAGCGUAAUUGCGAUGGAAAUUAGUGUAGAGGGUAAAGAAUAUUUAUCCACAGCUGCAGAGAAAUCCCCUGAACCACUGAAGGAUAUUGUAGAGACAUUUGCUUCCUCAACAGAUGAAUUAAAUGAUGUUUCUAAAGUGCGGGACUUUUACCUUGGGAUACCGUAUGGUGUUCUUCUUUCCUUUGGUGGCUUUCUUUCCUUCAUGCUAACUGGAAGCAUUUCUGCCACUAGGUUCGGAGUUAUCCUUGGAGGGGCUCUUUUGGCAUUAAGUGUCUCAAGCUUGAGAUCUUGGAAAAAAGGAGAGCCAUUUUCUCUAGCCUUGAAAGGGCAGGCGGCAAUAGCAAGUGUGUUAUUUCUAAGGGAGAUAAGCUUGUUGUUUGUGAGACCAUCCUUUGCCAGAUUUGUCUCAACCUUUGUCAGUGGUGCAAUGGUAGCAUUUUAUGCAUAUAGAAUCUUUAUGGAUGGCGGACAGGCAAAAGGAUCAAACUUGGACUCGGUGAUAGAAAAUUGAUGCUUUUUUGCAUGUUUGCAGGUUUUUAUCCCAUCCGUCUAUAAUAGCAUCUGAAGAGUUCGACUUCGAGACACUCAUGAAACAGAAAAGUUGGAAGAUGUUACAGUAUACUUACCCAUCUGAGCUUUCUUAAUUUGCGGUUCCCUCUGUAUUCAUCUUAGUGCAAGAGGAUUUGAUGAUAGAGAAUAAUGUUAUCGCAUCCUCUCCCAUAUGCGGGAGUUUGCUUUUAGUUUCGUUUGUCACAAAAAUUUGAUCAUGAGGAUUCCAAUAUGGCAAUGAGUCAAUGUGCAUCAAUGAGUUCAUACUUGCUUAUUGGAAAAAUUUUAGUUCAUACGUGGGGCUGGAUGUCUGGCAGCUAUUUGAUUCUGGCAUGGUGCCGAUGCUGGGGCAGCUUAAAAAACAUUGAUGACUGGUAAGUGGUAGCAUACUAUUUCAUAAAGUUCAUUGGCUACUUUAAAGGAGGGGUUUGUGUUUUGUUUGAGG